GCUAGGCGGUAUUUACUCAGAAAAUUAUUUUCUUUCAAUAUUUUGAGAUUUUUCACAGAUCAGCUUAUCAAUGUUUGCCUGAAUAAUGAUUUGCGUUGUUCCUCAUUGUAAUGCAUCUAAUCAGGAGUAUCUGGUUGAAUUUCCUCGCAGUCCUAAAUUGGUAGAGCGAUGGAAAACGGCGAUUGAGCUCGCCACAGGUCUUCGUCUUCCACCGAUGGAUGAAAACAGUUCUCAGCAGCAACUCUGUUUGUCCCAUUUCUCUGGUGGUGCUCAUCCGGGUAUGAUAGAAUAUCAGGAGCCAAAUUGUUUCAAAAACGCGGAUGGUGACCCGGUGGAAGUUUCCAGCUGCCGGUUAUGUCUACGUUUCGAGUUCCGCUCUCGAAUGUACUCUAAAUUAGGCAAAAUGGAGCAUGUAUCAUUGAGUAGUACUAUCCGUGCGGUGAUGAAAGUUUCUUUAGCUCCGGAUGAUUUUCUCACUGAAAUUUGUGAUCGUUGUUUGAUUAAAAUAGACGUUCUGAAGUCUUGGGCUAAGGAAACGCUUCAACAGGAAACAAAUUACCGUGAACUGAUGAAUUUAGCGAGAAAUGAGUCACAUAAUUCCGAUGUUUCAGUGAAAGUAGAAACGGUCCUGUUGGAGGCAAAAGAAGAGCCAAAUGAGGAAGCCCCGGCACCGGUAGAAGAAGCAACCACAUCCGUAUGUAGUCCAGUGAAGGAACCCGAACGGAAAGAAAAUCCCGAAAACGAUGUCGAUGAAGCAAUAGUUGUGCAGGCUGAUUCGUCUUCGGAUGAAGACAAUCAACCAUUGGCAAGGAUUGUAAGGAAACGUGGUGAAUCGAAAAGUCGCAAGAGGAAGCAAUCAUUUCCGGUGGAGCGUAAGAAGCAAAGCAAGAAAUCGAAGAUUAAAUUGGAUGCCACCAAAAAAAUCAAAAUGAAAAGAGAGCGAAAGCCAGCUUCUCCGAAACCCGUCAGACAAGAUUAUUUAAGGAAUAUCCUGGCCAAGAAAUGCUAUAUUUGUAAUAUAUCCUUGGAAGAUACGGAUGAGUUGGUGGCACAUUUGACGUCUGCACACGCAGGGAAAAUAGACUACAAAUGUGACGACUGCAAUAAAACGUUUGGGAAAGUAACAAUUUACAAUCGUCAUCUGAGCUGCCAUGAUAUCACUAUUCGCCCAAGAAAGUGUCAAUUCUGUUCGCUUUGCUUCAGUGCCAAGGAGAGCUUGAAAAUUCACGAAAAUCGAGAACAUGGAACGAAUCACACACUCCCGAAGCGUUACAACAGGCGAAACAAAAUUUUCCAAUGCGAAUCGUGUGGCAAAAUCUUUCUGACAGAUGCAUUACUGAAACAGCACGACCUGUUCGUUCAUAAGAAGGUACCAGCCGCCAGUUGCAAGCUAUGUGGGAAAACGUUCGUGACAAAAGCAAAUUUGGAGAAACAUUAUAUUGUUCACUCGAAGGAAAGGCCCUAUAAAUGUGACAAAUGUGAAGCCACGUUUAAAACUUCCACGGCGCUUACGAAACAUUCGCUGCUGCAUGAAAAUGUCUUGCCAUACGAGUGCCGUCACUGUGAGGAACGGUUUCUCACCCAGGCACUUUAUGCUAAGCAUCGCCAACUGAAUCAUAAAAAUCAACCGAAGGUGCCAAGAUCUAUUCCAUGCGGCAUCUGCCAGGAAGUGUACAGUCGAUCGGCUGAUUUGAAAAAUCACAUAACUGACAGUCAUCCAAAUGAAAUCUAUCCAUAUUUUACCUGUUCACAAUGUCCACAACGAUUUCUCGAACGCGAACAACUGGAAUUGCAUGAAAAUAUCCACACCGAUCGGUUCGUAUGUGACAUCUGCGACAAACAUCACUGUUCUGUUGCUCAGCUGAAGGACCACAUGGAGACGCACAAUCCGACGCAACCGUGGCAGUGCACCAUUUGCCUGCGACGGUUCAGUUUACAGUCCAACUUUUCCCGUCACCGUUUGAUUCAUGAAGAUGAGAAACGUUUCAAGUGUGACUUCUGUGACAAAGGGUUCUCCCAGAAGGGCCAACUGAUGAACCAUCGGCGCACGCAUACCGGCGAACGCCCAUUCACGUGUCCCGCCUGUGGCAAGAGCUUCGGAGAUCGUCCGACAUUCUACAAACAUCGGAAGCGCUGCAUGGAGAAAGACUCACCACAGGAAAAGCGCCAGAGAAAAGCAAAUGCGGAUGACGAGGGGUACGAGUUUUGAAAGCAUAGGUAAUAAAUGUUUGGUAUGUGUAUAUAUAUAAAAA